CAACUACGCUAACAACAGCUAGUGUUAUUGUGGUGUUACACACGUCUCUCUUCAACCAACAUAUUUUUCAGUGAAUAAUGCCGAUUAGUGAGAGAGUUCCAACUUGGGCCGCCGUUCCGGCUGUUUUUGCCGUUUUGGCCGUAAUUUCGUAUCAGACCCUAAUUACGCCGUACAAUCUAGAGGGCGCCAAAAAUGUAUUGUCGAUGGGUAAGACCAUACCACUUCCUGUUGAUGGACCAGAGAGCAUUGAGUGGGAUCCACAAGGAGGAGGUCCUUAUGCUGCGGUCGUGGACGGCCGUAUUCUCAAGUGGCGCGGCGAUGAUCUCGGUUGGGUUGAGUUCGCACACACAUCCCCACACAGAGGGAACUGUUCAGGCCAUGGAGUAGUGCCUACUUGUGGAAGGCCAUUAGGACUCACUUUCGAGAAGAAAACAGGAGAUUUGUACAUCUGUGAUGGUUACCUUGGGGUCAUGAAGGUCGGGCCAGAGGGAGGCUUGGCUGAGUUGGUAGUGGACCAGGCUGAAGGUCGCAAAGUAAUGUUUGCGAACCAGAUGGAUAUUGAUGAAGAGGAAGAUGACUUAUACUUCAAUGACAGUAGUGACAAGUAUCAUUUCAGGGAUGUAUUUUACGUGGUUUUCAACGGUGAGCGGUCGGGAAGAGUGAUCAGAUACAAUAAGAAGACAAAAGAGGCCAAAGUUGUCAUGGACAAUCUCCGUUGUAAUAAUGGUUUGGCUCUAAACAAAGACAGGUCUUUUGUAAUCUCAUGUGAGUCUUCCACAGGCCUUGUCCAUCGAUAUUGGAUUAAAGGUCCUAAAGCCGGGACCCGUGACAUCUUUGCCAAGGUUCCGGGUUACCCUGACAACAUCCGUCUGACACCGACGGGAGAUUUUUGGCUUGGCAUACAUUGUAAGAAAAAUUUGAUAGGAAGGUUGAUCGUGAAUAAUCAAUGGUUAGGGAAGCUGGUUGAAAAGACGGUGAAGUUGGAGUUUCUGAUUGGGUUAAUGAACAGUUUUAAGCCGCAUGGUGUGGCCGUGAAAAUCUCGGGGGAGACAGGGGAGAUACUUGAGAUCCUUGAGGACAAAGAAGGGGAGACUAUGCAGUAUGUAAGUGAGGUUUAUGAGAGAGAUGACGGAAAGCUAUGGCUCUCGUCCGUUUUCAAGCCUGCUGUAUGGGUUCUUGAUCGCAAGUGAGUUAUUCCGUUUGUUGUAACGUCAUGUAUUAAUAAAUGUCUCUUGUGUUUAAAUCAACGUUUGUUUCUAGAGUAUUUACAUCCAGUUUACUGUUAGGAGUGAACUUAA